AUGGCGGCUGGAUUGGCAGUGUAUUUAAUGGGAGCAAUUUCUGAAACGCUGGUGGACAUGCGGAAUGAAUGGGCAGUGCAGAGUCUGGUCCUGUUUAGUUUCUCACUGCAGGUUUUCCUGCUCAUGUUCGCUUGGACGCGCCGGAAGAACGUCGCCACUUUGACAAGGUUUCUCCUAUGGCUGGCAUACCAGCUUGCCGACUCCACAGCCUUGUUCACCCUGGGCCAUAUGGCCAUCAGAGCUCGGUCGCCGGACGAGCAGCAGCUCAUGGCGUUCUGGGCGCCCUUCCUGCUUGUGCAUCUUGGUGGCCAGGACACCAUCACCGCCUACUCCUUCGAGGACAACCGCCUCUGGCUGCGCCACCUGCAGACUCUCGUCGUCCAGUUCCUGGGCGCCGCCUACGUCCUGCACAAGUAUAUCCCAGGCAGCGAGAGAUUGAUCCGUGUAGCUUCGAUCCUGAUGUUCAUCGUUGGUGGGCUCAAGUAUGGCGAGAGGAUCUGGGCACUCCGGAGUGCUAGCAUGGACAGCAUCUGGAGCACUCUUGACAACGAAAAAUCAGACGCGAAUGCCCGCAGGAUGGAAAGCCGGAGCAUUCUCAAGGAGCUGGUGGAGAAGAUGUGGAACCCUCUGGAUGACGAGGACAUCCUGAUGGCAUCGCAUGGCCUGCUCGACGUUUGCAAGGGGAUCUUCAUCGGCUCGCAGCGAGAACGAGGUGGUGGAGCUGCAGACUUGAUCGGCCCCUUGAUGAGCCGCUGCCGCCAUGAAAAUCGCCUGGACAUGCUCAUGGAGAUGGAGCUGUCACUCAUGUACGACAUCAUGUACACCAAGGCAGCCGUGAUCCACACCUGGUGGGGAUGCUGCAUCCGCGUGGUCUCGCCGGUCGCCACGGCCGUCGCGUUCCUCCUGUUCCGGCUCACCGGCAAAGGUGGCCACAGGGAGAAGGACGUCGUCAUCACAUACGUCCUCCUGGCCGGUGCCUUGCUCCUGGAGACGGCGUCGCUGGUCAGGGCGGCUGGGUCGACAUGGACAGCUGCGUUCCUGCACGCCAAGAGAUGGGACCAUCUUUACGAGUUUCAGGAUUUCAGGCUCUUCCUCAAGGCGGCAAGCUACAGAAGGUGGUCCGGCACUGUCGGGCAGUACUGUCUGCUGCAGUCAUGGUGCCACGACAUGGCGGAGCCGACCGGCAUCAGAGUGGCAGAGCUGAUGGGGUUGGAGAGCUGGUGGUACCAGUUGCGCAACUCGCAGUCUGACCAGAUGAUCUCAGGCACUACCAAGGAGCUGAUGCUGCGGGAGAUAUUCGAGAUGGGUCCUGACCGCCGGAACGUGAGCUCUCGGCCAGGUCUCCUCGCGCUGCAGCAACACCAGCUGCAUUCUGAGUUUGGCUGGAGCGUCGAGGAGUCCGAUAUUGAGGGCAGCAUCAUCGCCUGGCAUGUCGCCACAGAUUUAUACUACCGCGCCGCCGCCGCCGCCGCCAACGACGACGACGACAAAGUGGAAGCAGACAUGCUGCAAGCGAGCCAGGAGCUCUCGAGAUACAUGAUGUUCCUCUUUGUGGUACGCCCCUACAUGCUGCCCGGGCCUGUACGGCGGAGCCAAUACAGCAGGACAUGUCGUCUCCUGAACGAAGCCAUAGAGGAGGCAUACACCAAGGCCUGGGACAUUACUACGACCAAGAACAAGAAGGAGGAGGACGACGAGGAGGAAGAGGAUGAACAUUGGGCCAGGGCCACCACUAGGGAGAAACACCGCCGGCUAGACUGGGUUCUGCGCACCUUCGGGAAGAACUUGAAGAAACUACCUCUAAGCAGGCUACAGGGCCAUUUCCUGGAUUCUUUCCUGCCUAAGUUGCCCCCAGCAGAUCAUAACCCAGCAGUAGGAGGAUUUGCCAUUGCUCAAGAGCUCCGCAACCAUCCCAGAAGGCUGCAGGUGAUUCUUGGGGUGUGGGUGGAGAUGCUUUGCUUUGUUGCCAACCAUUGCAGCAGAGAGUCCCAUGCCAGGCAACUCAGCUGUGGUGGUGAACUUGUCACCAUCGCGUGGCUUAUGGCCAAACACGCCAACUUGCUGACCGUCGCCGCUGCUGCAGAUUAA